AUGGUGUUUGUUGGGCUUACAUUUGGUAUUUUCUUGGCCGCAUUGGAUCAAACUAUCGUUGCUACUACUUUAUCAGCAAUCGCUGUUGAAUUCUCGGUGCUCGAUCAAAUUGAGUGGGUCGGAACUGCAUAUUUGCUUACUGCGACUGCAUCUCAACCCACGUACGGAAAAUUCGCGGACAUUUUUGGUAGAAAAAUGACUUUUUUAAUGGCGAUUUUCUUAUUUGAAAUUGGGUCACUUAUUUGUGGACUUGCACCAAACAUGGUGACUCUAAUCAUCGCACGUGCUAUUUCUGGAGUAGGAGGCGGCGGUAUCUUUGGGUUGGUUUUUAUUAUUAUUGCCGAUAUAGUUUCAUUGCGAGACCGUGGAAAAUAUCAAGGGAUGAUUAGUGGUGUUUUUGCAUUUGCUUCGAUCGUUGGACCAUUUCUUGGAGGCGCGUUUACCGAUUCGAUAACUUGGAGGUGGGCAUUUUAUAUAAAUCUUCCAUUCGGUGCCGUGACUGUUACUUGUGUGGUAUUUUUCCUCCAUUUGCCACAUCCAUCAGGAUCAAUCCUAGAAAAAAUAAAAAGAAUAGAUUGGUGGGGAACAAUAGUUCUAGUUGGCUCAACGGUAGCAAUAUUAUUGCCGUUGGGUUGGGGAGGAAGUAAAUAUGAAUGGAAUUCAUCACUCAUUAUAGUUUUAUUGUGCGUUGGAGUUCUAGGGUUUAUUGCAUUCGCGUUCGUGGAAAGACAUAUUGCAGUUGAACCAAUCGCUCCUGGACGAUUGUUUAAGAAUAUUACGGUCGCGGCGUGUUUCGGAGUAAAUUUUUUCCAGGGAAUGGCAUUCUAUGGAUUGAUUUAUUUUAUUCCUUUAUUCUUCAAAUUUGUAAGAGGCGUUUCAGCUACACAAGCAGGACUAGAAUUAUUACCAUUUAUUUUAGGAGUUGACUUUGCAUCAAUAGUUGCUGGACAAUUAGUAUCACGUACAAAUAAGAUUUCAUAUAAAAUAAUAUGUAUCGUAGGUGGUAUAUUAAUUAUGAUUGGAGCUGGAUUGACGAGUAUUUUUAACGAGUAUAGCUCGAGAGCGGAAUUCGUCGGAUAUUUGUUAAUUGGAGGCAUUGGCAUAGGCUGUAUAAUGCACAUCACCCUUUUAGCUUCACAGCAAGUUGUGGGUUAUAGAGACAUCGCUAGCGUUACUUCUUUACUUUCUUUCUUUAGGACAAUUGGAGCGGUAUUUGGCUUAGCUAUUCUUGCUACAACUUUCGACAACGAAUUAAAUAGAAAUUUGCCAAAAGAAUUCCAGAAAGCUGUUGGAGUUUAUAAAGUGUUUGGAGAAGAUUUAAAGCAUAUGCCCGAAAGUGAUAGAAAAAUUAUUAAGCAUGCAUUUGUGUUAUCAUUGAGUCCCGCAUUUAAAGUUAUAAUUGUGAUGGGAGCAUUGGCCACGAUUUCUGCAUUAUAUAAUUGGUUACGACGAUAUACAUAUUGGGGAAAUCCCUUAACUUGGGUAGAAAAUUAUCGCAGGAAAAAUACCAUCGAUGAAUGUUACAAUUCUUUGGGCGAAGAUAUGGCUUACUUUUACGGGUUUUUCAUAAAGAUAACUGGUAGAAUUAUAGAACCGGAAGCACACCGUGGCCACAGUUUGCGAAAGCUUCUAGUCAGAAUGAGCACACUCUGUUAUGAUUACUCGGCAGAACCCCAUGCGGACCCGACUUUCGCCGGCAAGUCUCUCCCUUGGGCUGAGAUGGGGUGCAUCCACAAAGAUUCGGUGAAGUCGAAAAUAUGCAUCGAAAAAACUAUCAAAGUUGGAAGCAAGUUUGUUCAAGUAGCAUUUGGAGAGGUAAUUGGAAAUGCUGUCAAACGUGAUGGCAAGAAAUAUAAUGAUGAUAAAGAAAAAAUGCUUAAAGGCUCCAGGUCUCGAAGAUUUGAAUUACUCGUAUAUAGAAAAGAAUUUUUAUGUAUUCGAUGCAUUGGGUUGAUGGGAUAUCUCAUUGAUCAAUUUAAUAGAUUUACGAUUUCUGAUACAUCACCAGAUCUAGAGAAUAUAUCCGAUAUCAAAUAA